GUGGACCGUUGGAGGAUGGCAAUUAUCCUUGCAGCAAACAUGUGUUCCAUUACAAGUUCCAAACCAGCUCAUGGGAUCAAAACCUUUGAUUUUGUGGAUAAAGAGCAAUCCAGAUCUAAUAUUGCACUGCCUCCUUCGGAACCUUCGUCGAGUCGCAGGCAGCUUAUAGUCGAUGUUGGUACUUCAUUGGUUACCACGGCGUGCCAGUGUGGUUUCUCUCCAUCAAUGGUGUGGGCAGAAGAGAAAUCAUCUGACAAAGAGGAUGAUGAUAACAAAGGGAUUGUUGGGGCCAUCACAUCAUUAUUUGAUCCUAAUGAGAAAACAAAGAAAGGGAAGGUGUUGCCAAAGGCUUACUUAAAGUCAGCGAGAGAGGUUGUGAAAACACUGCGUGAAUCUUUGAAUGAACCACCUGAUGACAUUGCCAAAUUUAGAAGAACUGCAGACGCAGCAAAAGAGUCAAUUAGAGAGUAUUUGGGGAGUUGGAGGGGGAAGCAGAUCGUUGUUCAAGAAGAAUCAUACGUUAUGCUGGAGAAGGCAAUUAGAUCUUUGGCGAGUUUUUACUCGAAGGCAGGGCCAUCUGCACCACUGCCAGAGGAGGUUAAGUCUGAGAUAUUGGACUACCUAAAUAUUACUGAGGAAUUUUUGUAGACCAUCGUUCAAUAAAUCACUGUUUCAAACCAGGACACCUUAUGGUAUAUAAUAUUUACUUCGAAAAUCGUUAGAUGAUAAUAUAGUCAAAUGUAUAAAAAAUUAUCUAACAUUCUUAACUAUCAAUUUCACAUGAAAAUAAUUACAGUUUGCAUGUAAAUUGCCACUUUAAUUUUAGACCCUUAUAAGGAGGGUGUUGUUUAGAUAUAUGAUGAUUGUUAU